AUGGCCACCAGAGGACACUGUAACGACACCACCGUCCUUUCUCUGCUUCCAUCUUCCCUUCUGGGUCCCAAAGAUAACAGCCAGGGAGGCUGUGAAUAUUCAGCGCAUCUGCUCAAGGAUGGAAGCUGAGGAGAGCACCCCCACCCCCCAUCCCAGCCCUUGGAGCAAAAGCUCCUGAGGGGAGUAUGUGACUCAACUCUUCUUUGGUGGCUGUCUCUCCAACAUCUCGAACAUUGCCUCCAACAUACAGAUGCUCCACAAACGUCCCCAGAAUGUUGACCAUUGCUCUUCUGGCCCUACUCUGUGCAUCAGCCUCAGCCAAUGCCAUUCAGGCUAGGUCCUCCUCAUACAAUGGAGAGUAUGGAGGUGGUGGAGGGGAGCGAUUCUCCCAUUCUGGCAACCAGCUGGAAGGCCCUAUCACUGCCCUCCGUGUCCGGGUCAACAGAUACUACAUCGUAGGCCUCCAGGUGCGCUAUGGCAAGGUAUGGAGCGACUAUGUGGGUGGCACCCAGGGAGAUCUGGAGGAGAUCUUCCUGCACCCCGGGGAGUCAGUGAUCCAGGUGUCUGGCAAGUACAAGUACUACCUGAGGAAGCUGGUCUUUGUGACGGACAAGGGCCGCUACCUGCCUUUUGGGAAAGACACAGGCACGAGCUUCAACGCUGUCCCCUUGUACCCCAACACUGUGCUCCGAUUCAUCAGCGGCCGUGCUGGCUCCCUCAUCAAUGCCAUUGGCCUGCACUGGGACGUCUACCCCAGUGACUGCAGCAGUUGCUGAGAUCCAGCCUUCUCCAGGCCCUGCACUGCGGCGACGGGUAUGGGAACCUCUUCACCACUAACUCCAUCUGCAAGGCUCAAUAAAAACAAAAGAACCUAGCUAAGGCUCAUGUGUGUGUGGGUGUGUGCAGCUGGAAUCUGC